CUUUGAGGGUGAGGAAUACAUUGUCUGCAAAGAGUAUAGACACAUUGCAAAGUUUUUUGACUAUCCCAUUGACUCCACAGAAUUGGGAAUUUGUUUUGUGUCAGAUCUAACACCAAAUCUGAUGAGCUUAAAGUUAGAUACCGAUUUGCAGAAGUGUGUCCGGUUGCCUUUGGAGGUUGGCUUUGUUGUCAUUCCACUUCUUCAUGCAGACCCAUCCUAAAUUUCAGUCAUAGAGUGCAGUGGUGUUUGGUAAAUUUGCUGAAUAAUAGAUUUUAUUUCCUUUUUUUUUUUUUUUUUUUUUUCUUGAGGAUAUAUUUUUUUUAAUUUAUGUGCAGAUCAGCAUCAAAUUUAGACAGUGUCAUUGUCCAGCCGGCCUUCACUUAUUUCUCUUGGCCAUGUUUUACAUUGUAGAAUUUAUAGAAACCCAAGAGGUUGAAGUAGUGCCAGCACUGUGGGUUAAAGAUGAAAUAUGUCAGUGGCCAGCUCAAUAUAGACCUGAUGAUUUAGGAAAGGCCAUACGAAGUGAGGAGCAGCCUGGACACUUGUGGGACACAUAUCAUGUUCGAAUUUUAUAUACAGCUGCAACCUACAAAGCCGCCCGUCUAAAACUUCCUCAAGCUGAAAUCCACACUGAUCUUCAAACAGCAGAAGAAGAAGAUGCAGAUGAAAAUCCAAAGAAAAAGAGAAAAAGGCUACCAAACAUUCGCUUUGAGAGUGACAGUGAUGAUGAAGAUAUGGUCAAGCAAACAAGAGCAUUGCCUCCAGCCCCAAAGAUAAAAGGACCAAACUUUGAUAUACAGUCUGCAAUAAAGAGACGGGUUCAAAAGCCUGAACCUCACAAGCAGAUGACAAGCCCAGAACCCAGAUGGUCCGUGACAAGUCUUGAGUCCAGGUGGUCUGAAACAAGCCCUGAGUCCAGACGGUCUGCAAUAAGUCCUGAACCCAGUCGGUCUACGACAAGUUCUGAACCACAACGACAAGAUGAAAGUCAAAGACAGCCAGGAACUACUUCAAGUAGUUUUGCUCCUCUUCUGCAUAGACUUCUUACAAAUCAAGAAAUGAUGAUGGAUCAACUCAAAGUGAUUCUAAAGUCCAUGCAGAAAAUGGGUGAACCAGCUCGUGGACAGGAGCCCCUUGAGAGGGAUAUACUGCCGCUAAAAGAUCUUACCUCCCUGCUGGGUCUGGAAAAACGUCUGAGGGAAGAGGCUGACCUCAAAAACAAAAUGAUUACUGCUUUGAGUGUCAUUGGAGGAGUUGACAUUAAGGAUAGCGUUUGGCGAGUUAUGAAACACUGUUUUACCAACUCCCUUGCCAAACAACUCAACUGGCGUGGCAUCAAUGGCAAAACAGCUUUCCACAGACUGCAGCUGAAAGAUGUUAUUACUGGAACUGUCAGAAACAGCAGGCUAACAGCAACGGCCACCGAUCAAGAGAUAGAAUUCUUUAUAAAAAAAUGGCUUCACCUUGCAGGUGACCGAGAUGGAGGGAGAAGAGAAAGAGAGAAACGAAAGAGUGUCCAAGAAACCUGCCUGCGAGAUUGCCAUGAUGCUGAUGGGCCCAGUCAAGGAGGUCAAUAAAUCCUAUAAGUUUGGAUUGUUCCUGUUGCCAAGGUUCUGCAGUGUUCACUUCUACAAUGUCAGACAAGUUUGUUUUUUGGAUGAGCUAACUUAUACAUAGCUACUGGAAACAUGUUUUGUUUUUAUUUCAUUUCUACAAUAUUUUCUAUACACAUAUUUUGUGUUUAUUGUACUGUUUUUUUCCAUGUUUAGAUUGCUUCCCAGUUUUGGAAAUGUAAUCAUGCAAUGGGUUUUUCAUUGGCAAUAUUAAUAAAUAAUUCAAUUUUUUCAGAA